UAAGGAGUGAAGCAGAGAGAGGGUGCAGUGGAGGAUUGAGUUGUAAUAAGUAAACAGUGAUUAGUAAUUAAGCAACAGUGGUGGAAGAGAAGGGAAGGGAUGCGAAUGAAAGGUUGGAUAGAAUAGAAUAGAAACAGAGAAGGAAGGAACUAAAAAAAAUUGCGGAAAGGGGAAAUCAGAGGAACGCAGAGUCGAGAUCUGAUGAUCGGUGAUAAUUGGUGAAGAGAGAGAGAGAGAGAGUGAAGAUGGGUUGCUGCCAAUCGUCGAUGCUGCUGAGAGUGGGGGAGAGAGAGACUCACCCGGAGAGGGAAAAGGAAAGGGAAAAGGAAAAGGAGAAGGAAAGGGAAAGGGAAAAGGAGAAGGAGAAAGACCAGGCCUACGGAACCCACCGGAGGAGUUCUGCCGGAGAGGGGGAGGGAGAUGGGGACAAAGACGGUGUCGAUUUCUCCUUCGCCGAGUUCUCGCUGCCGGAGCUCAAGGCGGCCACCAACAAUUUCAGCUCGGAGUAUAUCGUCUCGGAGAGUGGCGAGAAGGCGCCUAACCUCGUCUACAAGGGUCGCCUCCAGAACCAGAGCCGUUGGAUUGCGGUCAAGAAGUUCAGCAAGGCUGCGUGGCCGGAUCCCAAGCAGUUCGUCGAAGAGGCUUCCGGCGUCGGCAAGUUGCGCCACCCACGGCUCGCUAAUUUAAUCGGUUACUGCUGCGACGGCGAUGAGAGGCUCCUCGUUGCGGAGUACAUGCCCAAUGACACUCUCGCCAAGCAUCUCUUCCACUGGGAAACUCAGACUAUUGAGUGGGCCAUGCGCUUGCGGGUGGCUCUGUACAUCGCACAGGCUUUGCAUUAUUGCAGUUCAGAGGGGCGUCCCCUGUACCACGACUUGAAUGCUUACCGUGUUCUCUUCGACCAAGAAGGUGAUCCUCGUCUCUCUUGUUUCGGUUUUAUGAAGAACAGCAGGGAUGGCAAGAGUUAUAGCACCAAUCUUGCUUAUACACCUCCUGAGUAUUUAAGAAACGGAAGGGUCACCCCUGAAAGUGUCAUUUACAGCUUUGGAACUGUCCUUCUAGACCUCCUCAGUGGCAAACACAUUCCUCCCAGUCAUGCACUUGAUAUGAUACAGGGGAAGAACAUUAUGCUCUUAAUGGAUUCACAUUUGGAGGGAAAGUUUUCAACUGAAGAAGCGACAGUGGUUGUUAAUCUUGCCUCCAAAUGCUUGCAAUAUGAACCGAGGGAGCGGCCUGAUACAAAAGAUUUGGUCACAACACUUGCCCCAUUGCACACAAAACCCGAUGUUCGUUCUCACAUCAUGCUUGGAAUUCCAAAGCACGAGGAAGCUCCAUCAACCCCACAACGUCCUCUUUCAGCAAUGGGAGAGGCUUGUUCAAGAAUGGACCUUACUGCAAUACAUCAGAUCUUGGUCGCGACACACUACAGAGAUGAUGAAGGAACUAAUGAGCUGUCGUUCCAAGAGUGGACUCAACAGAUGAGAGAUAUGCUGGAGGCAAGGAAGCGUGGAGACUAUGCAUUCCGUGACAAAGACUUCAAGACAGCUAUUGAUAACUAUUCCCAGUUCAUUGAUGUGGGAACGAUGGUCUCCCCAACUGUUUUUGCAAGACGCAGUCUAUGCUAUCUGUUAUGUGAUCAACCAGAUCCAGCACUACGUGACGCAAUGCAAGCACAGUGCGUUUAUCCAGACUGGCCAACGGCUUUCUACAUGCAAUCAGUUGCUCUUGCGAAGCUGGACAUGCACAAGGAUGCGGCUGAUAUGUUAAAUGAAGCAGCUGCAUUGGAAGAGAAGAGACAAAGAGGAGCGAGAGGAUCGUAAUUUGAGGGUGCUAAGUUCUGUAUAAAGGUUGAGCUGGGAAGCAAAACUAACAUUUGAUGAAUGAGUUUAAGAUGUGUCAGAGAAAUACAACAGUGGUGGAGUAGAUGGCAUGGCACACGCACUUUAUUUCACCAUCUUAUAGGAAUCGGUGAGAACUUGAAAACUGUGCUUAUGCACUCAGAAUUGGGAAGGAAUACCGGUAAUUUUUCCAUUGUUAAUGAAAUUGAUUGUUUGAUGCCUACUGGGUUACCGUCAACCAAGUGUUUAUUGAGGUUAUUCUAACUCUUCACUGGUCAAGGCCUCGGUGUUCAUAAUAUUAUGUUAUGUCUGCAUAAUCUACAUGACGGAGUAAUUGUAAUACAUAUGCUAUCUCUCUACUACUCCUAAUAUUAGUUGUUGGAAGUCAUACUUUCUGUUUAAAUUUC